GCCAAGUGUAAGAGACAGGGAGCCUAAUCCAAGCUGCCGCCGAUAGCAGAGAGGGAGGGGGGAUUAAAAGAUGGAAGAGGAGUACGAAGGAGCCUUCGUCCAAAGAUUUGAACUCAAACCUCCGACUUCUCCGGCUGACCCUCCCUUAUUACCGCUACAGGGCCUCACCUUCGCCGUCAAAGAUAUAUUCGAUGUCAGCGGCCACGUCACCGGGUUCGGGAACCCGGACUGGGCCAGGACCCACGAACCGGCCAAAUCCACAGCCCCCGCUGUUGCGGCCCUUCUUGAAGCUGGCGCUACUUGUCUCGGCAAAACGGUCAUGGAUGAAUUGGCCUACAGCAUUAAUGGAGAGAACUUCCAUUAUGGGACGCCCCCUAACCCUGUUGCACCGGGUCGAGUGCCAGGAGGGUCUUCCAGUGGAUCAGCUGUGGCGGUUGCAGCUGGGCUCGUUGAUUUCUCUCUAGGUACUGAUACUGGGGGAAGUGUAAGGGUUCCUGCAGCAUAUUGUGGAAUUUUUGGUAUCCGGCCUUCACAUGGCGCUGUAUCUUCCAGUGGAGUCAUCCCUAUGGCUGAGAGCUUUGAUACCGUUGGAUGGUUUGCGAGAGAUCCUUCUACCUUAGCUCUUGUUGCGCGUGUAUUGUUGCCGUCACCUAUCGAAGCUAUGCAACAGCCUACUCAUGUAAUUAUUCCUGAAGAUUGUUUCCAGCUUUUAGUUUCUCCAAGCGACCAACUUUCUCAGAUCCUCAUUAGUUCUUUGGAAAAUAUGUAUGGGUGUGACAGAAUAAAGCGUCAAAAUCUUGGCAACUAUGUUUAUAAUGAAGUUCCAAGCUCAAGAACUAUCAUAAGUAAACUCUCAGAAAGCCAAGCUUCUACCAUACCAGCUCUUGGAGCUGUAUCAUAUGCCAUGCGGUCAAUCCAAAGGUUUGAGUUCAAAGAAAAUCAUGGAGAAUGGAUUAAUACAACAAAACCGAAAUUUGGGCCUGGAAUUUCAGAAAGAAUUGCAGAAGCUGUUAAUGCAACAGAUGAAAAUAUAGAGUGCUACAGGACAUUGAAGAGUGAGCUUCAGGUUGCCUUGACUGCUCUUCUAGAGAAUUAUGGGGUGCUUGCAAUCCCUACUCUUCCUGGUCCUCCGCCUAAAGUCAACACGGAGGCUGUUACACUGGAAAAUUUUCGAGCUAAAGCAUUUUGCCUGCUCUCAAUUGCGGGAAUGUCUGGGUUUUGCCAGGUUACGAUUCCACUUGGUAUGCAUAAUAAUCUUCCAGUUUCAAUUUCACUAGUGGCAAAACAUGGAGCAGAUCAUUUUCUUCUCAAUCUUGCUGAUUCUCUUUAUGCUACUAUGAGAGAGCAAGCUAGAACUGUAUGGAAAAUGGAUUGUUAAUCUUAGUUAUUCGUUUAUACUGAGAGAAAGAAUUGAGGAGAGUACAAAGUCUAUCUCUUUCAUUGAGCUUUCUUGCAUAAUAUAGGGCGGUAGGGAAUCAUGAAGUUUUUUGGGCUUAGUGUGCUUCCUAAAUGCCCUUUCAGUGUUGUAAGCAUGUAAAACAUAGAAGAGAAGUUUGUACUCCUACUGUAUCAUACUCAGCGACAGUUUUUCAUGUAACUGGACUUUUGUUCAUUUUGUGAAAAUGUAUUUUCUGAAUGGAGUUGAAGA